AUGGCGGUGGUGAGAAUGGUUUAUUUAGAAAGGAGCUCCAGAAGAGUGACACUUUUAAGCUACCCAACAGCCAAGUGUGAAUCUAUUGGCUCUGUUAUGGGAGGCUUAAUGUUUCUUCCGUUCAUGUUCCUGGUUGUGUUCUCAGUGGCUUCUGCCCAGAUCUCAAAACCAAGUGUUUUCAAGCUACAAGAGAAUCAAAAGCCUGCACUUACUGCAGAGACAAAAAAUGAAGCUAAUUCUGGAGGAGAGAAGGAAUCCAACAAACAGGGAGGUAGUCUCACACAGGGAAAACCAGGGAUGUUAAUUCUGCAAAGACAACCAGGAUAUUCCAACCAGGCAGGGAAACCAGUAAACAGUCAUCAGCAAGGGAAGCCAGAAAUUUUGAACCAGCCUGGGAUGCCCAGUGAUUUGAUUUUGCAAGGGAACCUAGGGGCAGCUAAUCAAAAAGGGAAGCAAGAAGAAUCAGAGUUGUCUAGUCAACAAGGAAAGCCAGGGUCUCCUAGCCAAAAAGGGAAGCCAUCAUUGCCUAAAGACAAGCCAGACUCUGUUAGCCAAAAGGGGAAACCAGCAUCACUUAGCAAUAAAGGCAAGCCUGAGUCUUCUGAUCAAGGGAAUUUAGAAUCCUCUAGCCAUCAAGGGAAACCAGGAUCCUCUAGCCAACAAGGCAAACCAGGAUCCUCUAGCCAACAAGGCAAACCAGGAUCCUCUANCCAACAAGGCAAACCAGGAUCCUCUAGCCAACAAGGCAAACCAGGAUCCUCUAACCAACAAGGCAAACCAGGAUCCUCUAGCCAACAAGGCAAACCAGGAUCCUCUAGCCAACAAGGGAAACCAGAACCCUCUAGCCAACAAGGCAAACCAGGAUCCUCUAGCCAACAAGGGAAACCAGAACCCUCUAGCCAACAAGGGAAACCAGAACAUUCUAACCAACAAAGGAAACCAAGACAACCUCCAUCACCUAGUAACAGCAACUGCUCAAAGGCCAAUAUUCUUAUAGAGUUAGUGAGACAUAAUAAUUGGCUCCCUGAUUUGGCUGGAAGCAUGAACAGCAAGGGCCUAACUGGAAAUAAAAAGUAUGACCCCAUUCACAAACCAGUUGGCCGCUCUGAUGAAAAACAGGUGGAAACACCUUUGUAUUUAAGGAAGCAAAGAGGAUGA